AGAACGGUUAGUCUGACUCUGGAGCUGAAAUGAACUACCGCAUAAUCGCCAUAGCGCUGCUGGCUACGCAGUUGGGGUCGAUCGUUGCCGCCAGUGACUGCAGGAGAUCUCCAGCAGGUUUUGCCAAAAACUUGGAUCAGUGCUGCAGGAGGCCGAAACCGAACUUGAGCGCCUAUAGUCGUGAGUGUCCCAAUAUAGCAGAACGCUUUCGAACAUCAGAACUGGAUAAAGUGGAUUGCUUGUUCAAAGCGGCCGACAUUCUAAACGGAGAGCAGUUAAAGUUAGAUAACACUCGUAAAAUGCUCAAAAAGCUUUACCCCAACGAUCCCGAGUUUGCCACCGCGGCGCUUGUCAGUUUUGAAAAAUGUCAGUCGGUUGUGAAGGCCCGUCUAGCUAAAAUUCCAAAGAGAAGACCUACAAUAUCCGCGCCUCAGCCUAGUGCGGUGACUAGAAAUAUGAUUCUGAUUGGCUACAUAACUUGUGCUGGACACGAACUGCCGCUUAACUGUCCACCUAAAUUAUGGAUAUCUUCGAAUGAAUGUGAGAUAACCCGGGAUUAUUUAACCAAUUGUCAAUCGAUAAUGGGAGGUAAUCGCCACUUCAUUGGCCGCUAAUAUCGGUGGUGCACGUAGCAGAUAAGAGAAGAACAUAUUAAAGAAAAG